CCCGGGCUGCCCUCCGCGCCGCCUGCGGGCCUGUGUGGUGUCGCCAGUCAGCCUCGCUGGAGGCCGGGAGCAGCGCGCGUGAGAGUAGAGGCCGCGAGUCCCCCGGUCCGGCCAUGUCGGGCUGUCACGCUCCGGAGGGAGACUGCUGCUCGCGGCGAGGCGGCGCGCAGGACACGGAACAUCCAAGGUACCUGAUCCCGGAGCUUUGCAGACAGUUUUACCACUUGGGCUGGGUGACCGGCACUGGAGGAGGGGUGAGCUUGAAGCGGGGCAAUGAAAUCUACAUUGCUCCAUCAGGAGUGCAGAAGGAGCGGAUUCAGCCUGAAGACAUGUUCGUUUGUGACAUAAAUGAACAGGAUCUAAGUGGACCUCCAGCAUCUAAGAAUCUAAAGAAAAGCCAGUGUACUCCUCUUUUCAUGAAUGCUUACACCAUGAGAGGGGCAGGCGCGGUGAUUCACACCCACUCGAAAGCUGCCGUCUUGGCCACCCUGCUCUUCCCAGGACGGGAGUUUAAAAUUACACAUCAAGAGAUGAUAAAAGGAAUAAGGAAAUGUACCUCGGGAGGAUAUUACAGAUACGAUGAUAUGUUAGUUGUACCCAUUGUUGAGAAUACUCCUGAGGAGAAAGACCUCAAAGAGCGAAUGGCUCGAGCCAUGAAUGAGUACCCAGACUCCUGCGCGGUUCUAGUCAGACGGCACGGAGUGUACGUCUGGGGAGAAACGUGGGAGAAGGCUAAAACCAUGUGUGAGUGUUAUGACUAUUUGUUUGAUAUUGCCGUAUCAAUGAAGAAAGUAGGGCUGGAUCCUACACAGCUUCCAGUUGGAGAAAAUGGAAUUGUAUAAGCCAGUGGAAGUUUAAUUAUAUACAGAGACAACGCUUAUCUUAAUUAUUACUUAAAUGAAACUUGACUAUUUUUUUAAAUGAAUUGAAAAUUUCCAUGAGGGCUGUUAAUUUGUCACUAAAUAUGCAGAUGAUCAUCCUGACUCUCUCUGACACUGGAUGAUAUUUUCUUAUAUUCUGGUAAUUUUAAAUGACAAUGCAGUGGAAUAAAACCUUUAUAAUGAA